CAACGACAACUUCCUGCAAAAUAGUGCUCCCUAACAACAGACAAAGCUUGUGGAUUCAGUGGAAGACGCUUAAUUAAAAGCGUUUGUCAUCCUCUCCUUCAAUGGGUCCUGACGCGCUGUCCAGGUGCAGAGAGUAGGCUGAGCGUGCAGACAUGUCCGGUCGUCCUGCUGCAGAGAUGGUCGACUCACAGGAGCUACCCGAGCUGCCGGCAAAGAAGGCUAAGCUUGAGAUAGACGGAGGGCUGGAAGAAGAGCGGAGUCAUCUAGGUGAGGAUAGGGGUCGGGCGGCUGCGUUGGGGUCCUCCGAGCAGGAGAGCUCUUACUCUACCCUGUCCACAGCCCAGCUUGAUCCAGGUGACCAGGAACAGUCAGACACCGGCAGAGGAGCGGCACCUCAAGCAUGCGGUGACUCCAUGACCUCGUAUGCUCAUCCUGCCACAGACUCAACGGCAACAUCUGAAUACACCCAACAGGUUUAUCAAGGAAGCAACCCAGCAGUGACUUCGUACACCAACCAGGUGGCCUUCUCUCCCCUGGCGCAGUCCACUGUGUACUCUGCCUUCCCUCAGUCAGGCCAGACCUAUGGCCUCCCGCCCUUCGGUGCUAUGUGGCCAGGCAUUAAAACUGAGACAGGGCUGCCUGAGGCUCCCUCUGGUGGCCAGCCUGGGUUUCUCAGCUUCAGCACCGCAUAUACCUCCACCCAGCCCGGCCAGCUGCACUACUCAUACCCCAGCCAAGGCUCAAGCUUCACAACAUCCAGUGUGUACUCCAGCAUCCCUUCAGCGACGGCCGCAACCACAACCUCCCCCACAGCAGCCCACCAGGAGUUCAGCAGCUACACCUCUCUGGGACAGAGUCAGUUCUCUCAGUACUACGCUCUGCCUCCCAGCUACGUCCCUGCCGGGCUGCCCAGCAGCGAGGACCCCGGGGCCGCUGUGGGAGCGGCCGGAUAUUCAGCCAUGAAGUCAGAGCAGGCUGCCUCUGCAGGUUUACCUCCCAGAGAUGCGUCCCCCCCAGAAAACCUCCCAGCAGGGGCAGCCCUCCCAACCAGUGUGGCCCUCCCCCCCAGAGCCGGGGACCAGGACGAGGUUGGACGCAGGAACUCUGUAGGCAAAUCCAAAGGGAAGGGCAAGAGGCCGGACAGCUCCCCGCCUGCUGACACCGACCUGGAGCGCAUUUUUCUGUGGGAUCUGGAUGAGACCAUUAUUAUAUUCCACUCACUGCUCACCGGCUCCUUCGCACAGAAGUUUGGCAAGGACCCAGCCACAGUACUGAACCUGGGCCUGCAGAUGGAGGAGCUGAUCUUUGAGCUGGCAGACACCCACCUCUUCUUCAACGACCUUGAGGAAUGUGAUCAGGUCCAUGUGGAGGAUGUUGCCUCUGAUGACAACGGACAGGAGCUGAGUACCUACAACUUCUUGACGGAUGGCUUUAACGGUGCCAGUGGAGGGGGUGCGUCAGGAGGCACCACGGGGGUCCAGGGGGGCGUGGAGUGGAUGAGGAAACUGGCUUUCCGCUACCGCCGGCUAAAAGAGAUCUAUAAUAACUAUAAAGGGAAUGUUGGAGGCCUGUUGAGUCCGAUGAAGAGGGAGCUGCUCCUCCGGCUGCAGAGUGAGAUCGAGACCGUUACAGACGCCUGGCUCAGCACGGCGCUCAAGUCUCUGCUGCUCAUCCAGUCCAGGGGGAAGUGUAUGAAUGUGUUGGUCACCACCACUCAGCUGGUGCCAGCCCUGGCGAAGGUGCUGCUGUACGGCCUGGGAGACGUCUUCCCUAUCGAGAACAUCUACAGUGCCACUAAAAUAGGUAAAGAGAGUUGCUUUGAGAGGAUUGUCUCUCGCUUCGGAAAGAAAGUGACGUACGUGGUGAUAGGUGACGGUCGAGAUGAGGAGUUUGCAGCAAAGCAGCACAACAUGCCUUUCUGGCGGAUCUCCACUCACGGCGACCUUGUGUCCCUGCACCAAGCGCUGGAGCUGGACUUCUUGUAAAGGAGGCAGCGUGUGAAUGUCGCACACUAAAAGGAAAAUGUAGUCGUCAUCCUGUCGGUCUGUGGAGUGACGUUACGUGAGAAACCCCUCCACAAACUCUAAUUAGAUACUCUACCCUGACUGGAUGACUCACUGUGUGAUGUGUGAUGGUAACGUACUGAGGCAGACUUUGGGUCGGAGCGGACAAUGAGACAGACUGGAUGCUGAUUUAAGGUGCCUCAGGCCCAGCACUCCCUCCUCUACGGCAGCUAACCUCACCACGGCUGAAACUGGCACUGAUCUGGACACAGAAGGGAAGACAUCCAUUUUUUUACCCUGCUUUGGUCACAUCUACUUUUUAGAUGUCAACAUUUUUAAUCUCCUAGAAAAUCCAAAGGGUAUUUUUUGUUUGUCGGCGUUCUUUUAUGUUGUUGUAGUUUUCUCAUUUAGUCUGUGUUAUUAAGAAUGAUAUCAAAGCAGUUAAAAAAAAUCUCUUCUGGGUUAUUUUGCACUCAUUCAAAGACUUGAAAUCAUCUUUUUGCCGAAGUUAAUGGCAGAAUCAGAUAAUCCCAAGAAUGUGGCCAUUCAAAUAUUUAAAACGAGGAACUUGAUGAGGUUUCCGUCCAAACCACAAGUCAGCUGUCCGGCGUCUUCAUUCUUCACCUAACUGUGGUUUCGUCUUUUUACACACAGUGUGUGUGACCUGAGGGCAGUGAGCACGCUGGGAAUCAAGAGACACCGCUGGUCACACUGACAAAGCUGAACUGGCCUCUUCGUAACACUCGGUAACAUAAUGGUAAAGGGAAGUUGGAAGAGCAGGAAUCUACAAACAAACAAAAAGAAAUCACAUUUCUUUCUGGAAGGACUCUACUGUAGUCAGUAGACAAAAAUUACAUCUCCCCAGUAGUAGUCAUCAUAGUAUUAGUAAGAAAAUGAACGGGUUCUUGAGCAUAAAAAUACAGUUGCAGAUAAAAGAAAAUUCUAUUAACUAGUCGUUGCAGCUCAUAUUGUCGAAGUAUAAGGAUUGAGCAGUUAGAAUGCAAAACAGGAAAUGACAUAGGCCUAAUAGAUUAGAUGUCACAAAAUGUUUUUCCAAGGUAAUCACCCAGACUGAUUUAAACUGUUCUCCAGCUCCUUCAUUUCCUUUAGGCAUUGCAUUGAAGGUGCAAAAUGUCCAAAAUUGACUCUUUGAGUAUACUUAAUUUUCUCUUUAUAGGUUUAGUCUUCUUAAGCUCUAUAAACCAUUGAAAAUUGCUCUUUACCUUUAAAAAAGGCUUUGAAAGAAAGUUACUUAUAGGGCUGUUAUAGGGAUUUUAUUCUUUUAUUAAUAUAUAUAAAGCCGGGUGUUGGUUUUCCUCAGGGAACCAUCCUGGGUAUCCUUGCAAUCCCAUUAAGGGUCUUACUUCUGUCAAAUAGGUGUUUCAAAGUGUUCGGUUUAAAAUGGCACCAUACUUAUUAGAUUUAAAAUAAAGGGAGGACUUGGAGAUUGGACAGCUUAAUCAGGAUAGUGUGACAUUUAACAAACACUCUAAAUCAUGUUUUCUGUACGGUGAGCGUUUUGAAGUCUAGGCAGGGAAUUUCGGAGGGAUCUCUCCGUGGUUGGAUUACAGAUCUGUCCUCAGAGUCCUGUUUGAAGUUAACAUUCACCGAGCUCAGGUAUCACUGUAGCCUGUUUGGUUUUGCUCCUGAUCCUUCUCGCUGUCUUUUACCUUCAAAGCGAGACUCUUAUCGGCAAGUUACUGUCACAUCAACACAUCUUUAUCAAGUUUGCAUAUCAUGGAAAUGAAUUAGCAUUUUCUUUUGUCUACUCUCUGUUAAUUUGUUUUAAAGGGAAAGUUUGCCACAUUUUUAUGUGGAUUACAAUUCAGCUUCAACAGAAGUAAUAAAUUCAUCAGUGCGUGCUACCUGACUGUGAAAGCUGAGAUUACCUUCUCACAGGCUUUAGUCAGCUACUCACUGAAAAUGUAUCCUAAUCCAUUACCUCAUCUGCACUCAUCAUUUCAGGCGUAACUAGUUUGCAUAUAGCGAAAUGACUUGGAAGUUCUUUGUUACGUCUGUGUCAGCCGUGACCGGAAUCAUCAGGUUUCUGGAUUCUCCUCCUGUGUAUCUUUCGCUCUGAGUUUUGUGAACAUUUCAGCAAAGCUAUUAGGGAAUUUCUUCAAAUUUGGCAGAAAGGUAAACUUGGACUCAUGGAUGAACUGGUCAUAAUGUGGUGGUCCGCUUCGCUGUGAACACACAACACAUGUUCUUGUGUAUAACUCACGAUUCAGUUACACAAUUUAACUCAGAACAGUUUUAGCAAGUAAUUAAACGUCAUCUAGCGCAAACUAGGGGAAAUGAAAACUGAAAGUAUCCUUUGAACUUCAUUCUAUUAAUCACUUACUGAGGAGCUUAACUUGCCUGCCCAUACUUUCCAGCAUGCAGGUCGAGAGCUGCAGCAGCAGCAGGAAGCAUUAGACAAAAGGUCUCUAGUUUACUAAACGGAAUUUAAGCUACAGUUUAUAAAUCGACAGCAGCACUGAGAUAAUCCGUCCCGCUCUCAGCCUCUGACUCAGAUAACGCAUAGUGAAGAGUAUCAUAAUUACUGAAGAGGUUGAAUUUGAAACAAAAGUAAAGCAUCUCACCCCAUGAAGAGAGCAGGAUACAUGCUUUAAGACCAUUUGGUUAAACCCAGGGGAAAAAUGAUUUGUUAGUCAGUAGAAUAAAAUGAUAUCACUCUGCCAUGCUGUCAGGUUGCUACUAAAGCAGAUUGCUUUGUUACAAAUCAAUGCCAAAAUGAUCAUUUACCAAAAAUGUAAAUUGCAUGAUUCUGUUUCCAAAGAAAAAACCUUUUGCUCAGUUUUUCAAAUUACAUUUCAUUCAGAUAACAUUGAUGGUAUGUAUUAGUUAGUUCACAAAAAAAUAUAGCUGCAAAAUGAAAAAUCUGCAGAUCAUUUUCUUUUGUACUCGAUUACUACUAAUCAAUAUCUAUUUUGUUCAUAAUUUUUGGUUUGCAAUUCCUGCUUUGCAAAUUAAGAAAUGUGCUGUUUUUCUUUGACUCAUAUGAUUGUAAAGUAAAAAUAUUUUGCUUUUCUUAUAUUAAUCCUUCAAUCCAAAGCCAAACAAUAUUUUUUUAAAAAGGCAAAUGGCAAAUGUUCACAGCAACCCCAGUGAAUUCUAAAUCAGGAAGUGGUUUUUUGGUACUUCUGCUUUAAAAAUUCAUGUAAUUGUCAAAAUAGUUUGCAAACAAAUCAUUCAUCUUUCCUUGGGAGAUUUUAGUUGUCAGACAUCUGAAAACCCCUGAAUCACGUGUACUGCUUUAAUUUUCCGUAUUGUAACCCACACACGAUGAUGAACGUGCAAUACAUUUUUUGCUCAUUAACCAUAUUUAAGGGAUUCUCAUUUUGAGGAAAACCCGGAGGGUCCGUAUGAGAUUACAACUGAACAAUACUGAGCCUGAAGAAGAUUUCUUAUUUACUCUCAUGCAGCUUGACCGUUAAGAAUGUGUAUUUUUGUCUGUCUUGUGUGUUUCUGUGAAUGUUUAUUGUGCCUUUACCCAUCAUCUGUAUGCAUAAACUCAAAGGGAAAUAUGUACGACUUUUAUUUGAUACAUUUAUAACUGCAUUGUUCUAUUUAUCCAAAGUGUUAUCUUACUUUUUUUUUAACUCAAGUGUUUUGAUUUGUCCUUUCUGCACUGUAUUUGAAAGUCUUCUUUCUAGAAAACUAUAAUAUCCAUUUUUGGGGAGAAAAGGUUUAUUUCUGUCACUCAUUGUUUAAGGAAAAACAAUUUAAGUGAAGGGCCAAAAUGGUUUCCUUGCUUGCUGUAAAUUCCACAAAUGUUUCCAGGAAAAACAAUCUCAAUUGAAUCUGUUUUUUAAUAUAUUUUCAUGUCUGUAUCCUUUAAAAGGGAGAUUCAUUAAUUUUGUUGCUGUGAUGCCCACCAUCGCUUAGACAAUCAUCUAUAGAACAUGGGAUUUUUUAUUGCAGAUAACUGAAGUGAAAAUAUUUGUUCUCGGUCCUGACACAAUUGCGAACAUUAAGAACCCAAUUAGAUUAUUUUUUCCUGCUCGUUGAAAGUGUUUUCUGUUUAUUUCUCUACUUUGUCUGCAUGUCAUGUUUUUGAAGUAUUGUUAAAGGGGGCUAUAUUAUUCUGAAUCCUCUUUCUCUUUUCAAUGCCAAAUGCUGUUAUUAUCUUUCAUUGUGUGUUUUGUGUUUGUCUUUUCAACAUGUAUUUCAUCUCAUCUUCGAGAACGUGUGAGGUCACAUGGGGUUAUGUAGAGAGCCUGACUGUGAUCCUGUAAACUGAUCAUCAUAAUCAUGCAAAAUGAAUUACCAUAAUCACUAUUUCCCCCACAUUAGGUGAGGAGACCCCGACAGUGCUGUAUGGUUUUCCUGUGUACACUCAAUACAGUGUAAAUAAACUUUAAACAGUUUCAGACACAA